GAUCUGUACAAGGACAUUAUGAUGGAGGAUCACCAGGCCCUCAUAUCACCAGUUAAGGAAGAGAUAAGAACACCGGAGAGAUGUCCCAGUCCUCUUCUUCCACAGGAUGGUUCAGAAGAACUUGACAAUGUCCAACAGGAUGAUAUGGUAGAUGGAAAUAAGGAUGUUAAGAUGGAGGACGACCGGCCCCUCACAUCACCAGUUAAGGAAGAGACAAGAACACCGGAGAGAUGUCCCAGUCCUCUUCUUCCACAGGAUGGUUCAGAAGAACAUCACAAUGUCCCACAGGAUGAUCAGGUUGUGAAUCCUGGUGAAGAUCUGAACAUCAUAUAUGUUACAGAGACACAUGUGAGGGGUGAUGAGCAGAGUAUAGAGGACAUUCCUACUGAUAACCGCCCAGAUGACUGUACCACAAGCUCAAAGGAACACCUGAUAUCUUCAGAUUUUGCAGCAAAUGAUUGUGGUAUCACAGAGGACACAUUUUCAGAGCAUACAGCAUAUACACCCUCAGCCCAACAUAGCAACAAUCUAUCAUCUCAUCUUUUUCAAUGGGUCCGAUCUUUUACUUCAUCACAGACUGUUAAGCAAAGCAAACAAAGAAGUGAACAUCCAAGAACUCGCACAGGGGAGAAGCGUUAUUCAUGUUCAGAAUGUGGAGAAUGUUUUACUCAUAAAUCAAAUCUUGUUACACAUCAGAGAACUCAUACAGGAGAGAAGCCAUUUUCAUGUUCAGAAUGUGGGAAAUGUUUUAUCCAGAAAUCGGAUCUUGUUAGACAUCAGAAAAUUCACUCAGGGGUGAAGCCAUUUUCGUGUUCAGAAUGUGGGAAAUGUUUUAUCCAGAAAUCAGAUCUAGUUUCACAUCAGAGGGUUCACACAGGGGAGAAGCCGUUUUCAUGCUCAGAAUGUGGAAAAUGUUUUGCUUUCAGAUCGUCUUUAAUUGCGCAUCAAAUAACUCACACGGGGGAGAAGCCAUUUUUAUGUUCAGAAUGUGGGAAAUGUUUUACUCAUAAAUCAAAUCUUGUUUCACAUGAGAAAAUUCACACAGGGGUGAAACCACCAUAAAUCCACCAUAUGCAUCCGCUAUUUCACAUGAACAAACUCGUUAUCAAUUAUUAAUAAACAU